AGUGUCUACUGAAAUCUCACUGAAAAGGAAAACCAUACACGAUGCCAUUUGCAUCAAAUGCGCGAUUCGGUGAAUCUUUCAUGAGAAAAUUGAUUGAUCCGAGAGAAGUUGAGCUUGGCGUGGUUUCUAGCUUGACGGCAACGAGGCAAACAGCUCCCGAGCUAACACUACCGUUGUCUUCCGUGAGCGUGAGAUCCGCGGCCCCGCGCGGCACGGACCUCAUAAAUCUUGCAUGGACACCACCGGGGCUCCGGCGAGCGAGGACCCACCCACCAGCUACCACCCCUUUUAAAACUCGCCGCCCGGCUCACGCCACGCGCGCUGCCGUGGCGCACGCGGAUGUACGCAGUACGUGCGUGCGCGCGCAUGCAAAUCGCGAUGCAGGAGGAGCCAGCGCCGCCCAGGAAGCGCGGGGGCGCCGUGCACGGGUCGGCGGCGAGGGAGCAGCAGCAGCAGGCGGACGAGACGUCGUCGUCGGCCGGGCCGGGGGCGCCGUGCGGCGCGUGCAAGUUCCUGCGGCGGCGGUGCGUGCCGGGGUGCGUGUUCGCGCCGCACUUCAGCGGCAGCGGGCGGGAGCGCGGCGCGGCGCAGUUCGCGGCGGUGCACCGGGUGUUCGGGGCCAGCAACGUGGCCAAGCUGCUGUCGCGCGUGCCCGUGGCGCUGCGCCGGGACACGGCGCGCACCGUCUGCUACGAGGCGCAGGCGCGCGUCGCCGACCCCGUCUACGGCUGCGUCGGCACCAUCCUCGCCCUCCAGCACCAGGUAGCACUCCUCCAGGGCCAGCUCUCCGUGCUGCAAACCCAGCUCUUCAACUGCAGGCUGGCCCUGGCGAGCACGCACCCGGACGGCGCGGAGCAACUGGCGGUGCUGCAGCCGGCGUACUCCGCGGCGUCGGCGCCGAGCCAGAUGGUGAACUACGACGAUCUUCCGCAGGCCGUGGACUUCAUGGACGUGGAGCCCCAGAUGAGGGGGCUCGAAUCUCUCCAGCUCUCGCAGCCGCCGCACCGAGACGAAGACGAGAGCCAGGGCGUGAGCCCUUUCUCGGAUAAUGCAGGAGGACAACGGCAACUAUGAAAACACGUGUAAUUGCAUAGUGUUUUUGCAAUGUCGUGAUGUGAAGUGCUUCCAUUAAGGAUUAUGUGGUGAUGUUUAAGUGAGUC